AUGGGUAAAUCGGCAGUGAUGAUGUUGCUUUUCGUCGCUGGCAUGAUCUUCUUAACAUCUGCCCAUACCCACUCACAUGAGCCUGCACACGCCAAAUAUACUAAAGAAGUUAACGAGAAGGCAGCCCGCGAGUUAGGAGUGGAAGACGAUCACGGUCACUCUCAUGAAGCUCACGGUCAUUCCCACGAAGCCCAUGGUCACUCUCACGAAGCUCAUGGUCACUCCCACGAAUCUGGCGGCGGAUGUCCACAUUCUCAUGGCGGGCAUCGUCAAGAAGCUCAUGCUCACAGUCUUCUCCCUAAUUUAGGAGGCUGGGCCCGAUUUCGAAUUAUAGGAUUCAUUCCCAUGCUGAACAAGUGCACCCUCACAAAAAUCGUGGCCAGGGUAAGGCUCGCCACACAAUCAAACCUCUGGAUGUCCACCUGCCAUUGCGAGUCCACGUUACCUGAAUUAGCUGCAGCACCAUGCUUCAUUCUAUUCUUCAUUCCUAUUCAGGAUAACUCCCCUUCAAACGGACCUUGGCUCAAAGUUCUUCUGGCUUUCGGCUCAGGUGGUCUGCUUGGAGACGCAUUCUUACAUUUGAUCCCUCAUGCUGUACCUCACGGUUCCGGCUCUCAUGCGCACUCCCACUCCCAUUCCCACAGCCAUCAAGAAGGGCAUGGACAUGAACCUCAUGAUAUGAGUGUGGGAGGAUGGGUACUUGCAGGUAUUAUUGCAUUCCUGCUAGUCGAGAAAUUCGUUCGAAUUGUUCGUGGAGAAGAUGGUCACGGCCAUGGGCAUUCUCACGGCCACUCUGCUCCCAAAUCCGAAAAGGCUAAGCUUUCUGAUGUUGAGUCAGAUGAGGAUGAGUCCGAUAGCUCAGCCAAGAAAGCUCUCAAGAAAGAGAGUAAGAAGAAGGAGGACGAGAAGGAGAGUGAGAAGAAGGAAGCGGAAGAAGCCGAGUUUUCAAAAUCUGAAAGAAUCAAGGUCGCUGCGUACCUCAACCUAGUGGCUGAUUUCGCCCACAACUUUACUGAUGGUCUUGCGAUUGGUGCCUCGUUCAUUGCUGGGACUACUGUUGGUGUCGUUACAAUGGUCACUGUUCUCGUUCAUGAGGUACCUCAUGAGAUUGGAGAUUUCGCUAUUCUAAUACAGUCUGGAUACACUAAAGGAAAGGCAAUGGCUAUCCAACUUCUCACGGCAAUCGGAGCCCUUUCUGGAUGUGCUCUAGCACUCUGGGUUGCCGAUCCAUCUGCUCUUGCUGAUUCCGCGGCCAGCAGUUGGAUCCUUCCUUUCACAGCUGGAGGAUUCAUCUAUAUAGCGACCGUUUCUGUUAUCCCUGAACUCCUUGAAAAAUCUUCAACAGCACAAUCUUUACGUGAAAUUUUUGCUAUUCUAGCAGGAAUAUUUAUGAUGUACCUCAUCGCUAUGUAUGAAUAG